GCGCGCUGACGGUUGAGUUAGUUUGCGGUCCAUUAGUCGUUCCGCUGACGGCGUUCUAUUAGCAAGUGUUUUGUGCCGCAAUAGAAGACGGUCGAGAUAAAAUGAACAGCGGCAAAAGAAAACUAUCGUUCCUCGGGUUUGCUUCUCAGGGAGAGGAUCAAGACGAGCUGCGUCUUGAUGAGGAGAUGGAGCGAGUCGUUUGGCACGAGAAUAACCCGCCAACUCGGCUACAGCCCAGCGGUGAGCCCGUUAGAGAUGCAGCAGCCCCGCCACCUCCUUACUCGCCAGAUGAUAUUAUCAGGACAAGCAGUUCUGAGCAAACCCGUGCCAGUAGGGAACAACUUAAUUCCAGUUCGGAAGGACAAAUGUCAGGACAAAUUUCUGGCUCUGGUUCAGGCAGUACGCCACGUGGAGAAGAUCGCCAUGUUCAGUUCGACAGUGAACGUGCCAGGGCUGAUCCACUAGAUGAUGCAAGCGAAGAACGUCGUCAUCAAAGAAACACUCGACACUUGCAUCACAAAUCACGAAAAUAUUCCCUACAAGAGGGGGCGAGAGGUGGUGGGGCAGAUGGCGAGAGACAAGUGCCUGCGGCAUCAACGGAUGAACCAUUACCCGAAGCUGAUCUCGAUGAACUCCGGAGCCAUCGAAUUGAUGACCAGCGGGUUUUGCGGAGACUUAAACUUCAGCCCAGGAGUCCAACCAUUCAUGUAGGGCGCAAGGAUGGAGGCGAUAAAAUACAAAACAUUUUUUCUGACUUAACUCUGAAAAAAAUGUACGACCACAGUCCACAUUCGGUGUUUGUUCAACUGGACGAAUUACUAGCCACAGAAGAUGGUGAUACGGAGUGGAAGGAAACUGCACGUUGGAUUAAAUAUGAAGAAGAUGUUGAAGAAGGAUCUGCCAGAUGGGGUCGGCCCCACGUAGCCUCUCUUUCUUUCCAUUCCCUAUUAAACCUACGCCGUUGUUUAGAAACUGGAGUGGUACUGCUUGACCUCGAUGAAAAAGACCUUCCUGGUGUUGCAUACAGGGUUGUAGAAAGUAUGGUUAAUGAAGGAUUGAUAGAAGAAGAUGACAAACCAGUCGUAAUGAGAUCUCUACUUCUUCGCCAUCGACAUGUACAUGAUGAAAGGUUCCGAUUCUCCAUAAGUGGUCGAAAGCACUCUUCCUAUACAAGCCUACAGUCGCUGUGGUUGGAGGAAGGUGGUGGCGCCCGCCAGCGAUACUCCACAUGCUCUGCCAUCGGUCCCUGUCGUCGACACAGCUCUCAUAUUCUCAAUCUUUCGGAUAACAAGCGACGAAGAAGCUCCAAUGCUCUACCACAAGAUCGAACAGAAGCUCGGGCAAAAACAUCAGUGGCGGGCAUGGAUACACGCGAAGUAGAAUAUUUAGCCACAGCCCCUGUGGGGUCUCAGGAUGAAUUAAGACGGGGUCACAAUGAUUCAAUCAUGAAACGUAUACCUGACGAUGCGGAAGCCACAACAGUCCUCGUUGGUGCAGUUGGAUUUUUAGAUCAACCAACGAUUGCCUUUGUACGUCUCGCUCAAGGCAUAUUAAUGCCAUCCAUCACAGAGGUUCCCAUACCAGUCCGCUUUAUGUUCAUAUUACUUGGGCCAACAUCAGCUGACCUUGACUAUCAUGAAGUGGGUAGAUCCAUUUCUACUCUUAUGUCAAACCCUUCCUUUCAUUCUAUUGCGUACAAGGCUGAUGAUCGACGUGAACUUUUGUCGGCAAUUAAUGAAUUCUUAGACGAUUCGAUAGUGUUACCGCCUGGUGAUUGGGAGCGGCAGGCUCUAUUGCCUUUCGAAGAAUUACGAGCUAAAAGUGAAAUGAUAAGAAAACGUAAGCGUGAUGCUUUGGAGCGUAAAAAGGGCAUUGAAAUUACAACAGCUUCGCCAAUAGAUGAAAAAAAGGCUUUGUUAGCUGGUGAAACUGGUGGAUUGCCAGAAAAAGAACGUGAUGAUCCAUUAUCCAAGAGUGGUCGUCUCUUUGGUGGUGUUAUAAGAGACAUAAAAAGGCGUUAUCCCCACUAUAUAUCCGACUUUCGUGAUGCAUUAAAUGGACAAUGUGCGGCAGCUACAAUAUUCAUGUACUUUGCUGCGCUUUCAUCAGCCAUUACUUUUGGAGGACUGUUAGCUGAAAAAACUGACAGACAGAUUGGUAUCUCGGAAACAUUGGUAUUUACUUGCGUAGGUGGAUUAUUUUUCGCCCUAGUAGCAGGUCAACCAAUGAUGAUUACUGGCGCUACUGGACCUUUGCUGCUUCUCGACGAAUCGCUUUUUGUAUUUUGCCGCUCCUACGGUUUUGAUUUUUUGGCCGCUAGAAUGUACUGUGGUUUAUGGAUGAUAGUGAUUGCUUUGUGUGUUGCCUCUGUUGAAGGUAGUGUCGCCGUAAAGAAAAUUACGAGAUUUACUGAAGACAUUUUCGCAUUUUUGAUAUCGCUUAUUUUCAUAUCUGAGCCUGUGACGAAUAUAAUAAAUGUUUACCGUGCUCACCCGCUCGGUUAUGACUACUGCGGCAAUUACACACUUGAAAAUUCCACUGCUGGCGUUGAGACGGUUAACUCAAAUUUUACAGGAAACCUAACAGUUCCUCCAGUUUUACCGCCUACAAAUAUGUUACUUACACCGAAACCAAAUACAGCUUUGUUUUGUACAAUGUUGACUCUUUGUACCUUUAUUCUUGCUUACUAUCUCCGCAUAUUCCGCAACGGAAAAUUUCUUGGUCGAAGUGCUCGACGUGCACUUGGUGAUUUCGGAGUUCCGAUUGCGAUUGUUUUAAUGGUUGGAAUAUCCUGCUUAGUACCCGUUUGGACUGAAAAAUUACAAGUACCGGAUGGUCUGAGCCCAACCUCAAAUCGUUCUUGGCUUGUGCCCCUUAAUAAGGGACUUGAAACUAUACCACUGUGGGCAACAAUUGCUAUGGUUUUACCGGCGCUCAUGGUUUACAUCAUCGUCUUUAUGGAAACCCACAUCGCAGAGUUGAUUAUUGACAAACCAGAGAGAAAACUGAAGAAAGGCAGUGGAUUCCACAUGGACAUAGUCGUCAUGUCGUUAGUAAACUCGGUGUGUGGCAUGUUUGGGGCUCCGUGGCAGUGUGUAGCCACAGUACGAUCUGUGAGCCAUGUUUCCGCAUUAACUGUUAUGUCAACAACUCAUGCCCCCGGUGACAAACCUUAUAUUGUUGAAGUUAAGGAACAACGUCUUACUGGAUUACUAGUUGCUUUUCUCGUUGGCAUAUCUGUUUUGGCUUCCGGCUGGCUAAGAUUAGUUCCAAUGGCUGUAUUAUUUGGAGUUUUCCUCUAUAUGGGAAUUUCUGCCCUCGGAGGAAUUCAGUUCUGGGAUCGAUGUAUUUUACUAUUAAAACCUGUGAAGCAUCACCCGCAAAUACCUUACGUGAGACGAGUACCGACAUUUAAAAUGCAUCUCUACACUCUUAUCCAAAUAGCUGGUGUAUGUGUAUUGUAUGCUGUGAAGUCUUCGAAGUUUUCCCUCGCGCUUCCCUUCUUCUUGGUACUCAUGGUGCCGCUGCGAAUGGCAAUCAGUUACAUUUUUACCCCGCUACAACUGCGUGCGUUGGAUGGAUCCCAAAAAGAUAUUGACGUCGAUGAUGAGCCAGAUUUCUAUGAAGAAGCGCCUUUGCCCGGAUAGGACCAGGCCAUAGAAUGCCAACUUUCUGACGCUCAGGAAGUAACAGUAUUUAUAAACUCUUCUGUAUAAAGUGAUAACUAAAAAAGUUUUAGGUACAUAUAUGCCUCAGUGCAGCGACAGAAAGACAUUCUUGUUCAAUUAGAUUAUAAUAAAUUAUAAUAGAGACGAUUAUUCUUUGUGUCCAUUGUAGAAUAAUAAUCAACAUAGAUUAUACUUCUUUCGUUGUAUGUUUAACUAGAACAAAUAAUACAUUUAUAUACAAAUGUAAAGAUCACUUUGCUUAAAUUGGUUUAUAAAAACAAUAAUGUGAAACCUCUAUUUUAGUACCUAAUUUACUUUUCAUUUUUAAUUCUUUUAUGUAAUUUAUUGAUUUUUUGGUAAUUUAAUAAGGCUAUAUGAUUAAACGACAAUUCGUUUUAAAAAAUAAGCAGUUUAAUGAAGUUUAUGUAUAAAAUUGACACAUAUAUAUUUCACUUUUUCUGAGUUUAACUAAAUAUGUAAAAAAUUACAAAUACAUUUACCUGUGUAUAGGGUAAGUAAAUACUUAUAAACAUAUAGGUAUCUACCUAAAUUAUAUUUAGUACUUAAGGGAUUUGUGAUCAUAGCUCAAUGUCUGUAUACAGUAUUACUUCUAAUUAUAUAUUGAAUAGAGCUUCCUAGUAAAAAUUUAGAAAGACAACCACCUAAAAAAUAAAAUUCAUGGUCAUUAUACAACUAUUUUUAUAAACUCAAAGAACUUUUCCGUGUUUAGUUACAAUAUGCAUUGUUAAUUCAUAGUUAUUAUAAAAAACAUAUUAAGUUUAAAAUUCAUCUAUUCCAAGGAUAAAAAUCUAUUUAUAGUAUAUUUUGUACUUCCAGAUUAAUAUUUAUGUUUUCCUAAAUAAUUUACUUUAAGAAAUCUUAAUAUAUUCAAAAAUAAGGAAGAUUUGUAUUCAAAAAUAUACUUUUCUAUGUCUAAACCUGUAUGACUUACCUAAUCAUUUAGACGUCACCGGUAGAGCCGUCCACACGGAGACAAGCCACUAGUUUUACAGUAAUAUACAGUAUUUACGAACAAAAUUUUUACUUAAUAAUAGUAGGUAUAUUCAAUUAUACAUUCUACAGCGUAGCUAUCUUUUUUAAAAGAUGUUUGUACAUUUAGACCUAGUGUUUAAAUACUUAACAUUCUUCUGAUUGAAGUAAAACAUGAAUUACGGAUAAACAUUAAAAGUAUAAACAUAGCACUUCUUCGGUGUAAAUAAAUAGAUACUACCCUAUAUAAUUAUAUUAGUACCAAAAAAUCGCUACGAUUUGAAGAUGAAUAAUAAGCAAGUUCAUUACGCCCGUUCGAAAGAAACAUAUCAAAACUUUUCCUAUUAUUACUGUAAAUUAUAAAUAAAAUCUGUAAUAAAAAUAUAAGCCAAAGUAUAGUUUGCCAAAGAAGUGACGGAAGUAUUUAUAAUUACCCGAUUCAUUUAUGAUAAUUAGAACCUUGUGCGGGUGGAAUUUUGAAUAUCUAGAAAUCACGCAUUAUGUAAUAAUGAAACAGUAUUAGAAAUAUAAAUAUAAUUUAAUAAAUUAAUGUACAUACAGAAUUUUUUUCAAGAUGAUAACUUUUCUUAAUAUUAUUAUAUUCCAGUGGUUAUCUCCUGAUAAUAGAUUGGUAUCUAUGUACAUAUAUCUGUAUGAUAGAAUAAUUUAAUACAGAUUGAUGAGAUUUUUGAAAGUAAUUGUCAACAGCAUAAAAGCAAAAGAACAAAAUCGUGAAAAUUAGAACGUAGUACAUAAUUUAACUGUAAAUUAAUUAAGACUUUCUUAUAUGUACUUAAUAAAAUUUAUAAUUACAAUAUGACAUUCCAACUAUCGUGUUGCUAAGUAAAAUAAAAGCAGUGAAACCACGUUUAGUUGUUCUUAAUAAAAAAAUUUAAUCAUCGAUGAUAUUUCGAUACUCACACAACUUAAAACGAUGUUUUAAUAUGUGCAGUCAGUAAAUCAAACCUCUGGGUUGUUCUGCAAAGCUAUUUUUAGUCUUGUAUAACAUUUCAUUUUAUUUUAAUGGUUUCUUUUAUACUCUGUGUAAAUAUAUAUUGACAUAGAAUGCUCUUAUAUUAACAUACACAACAAAACAUUUUUUAUAAGAAGAUGUUGCUUGACCUUUGAAACAAAGUUUCCAAUGUGAAAAAAUGUUUGCACGUGCUAAACAUAUUUCAACUUGCAAAUGUUGCAAACUUGCAAAUAGUCCAAAAGAAACUUUGAGAUAAAAAAAUUGUAAAUGUUAUCGUUUUAACGUUUGAGCGGCGGUAUACCUAAUUCCUGAUUUAAUCAUAUUUUUAUCUCAGCAUAUCAAAGUAAACGUUAAUGAAAUAGUUAAGAUUUUAAAAGUCUAUCUUCAUCAUACUAAAAUGUCUUUUUGCUAUAAUAAUAAUUUAUUAGUAAAGCAAAGGCAUUUUUUAAAUCUAGGACAAUGUAAGAACAAUGUUAACUUUGUUAGUUUGUAGAUACAAUUAAUAAUUUAUCAUGGUGGUAUUUCAUUACACUCUCUUAAAAUAUUAUUUAACAUGUUAUACUUAUUCUUUACGUUGUGUUAUGUAGUUGCCGACUGUUUAAGGCGUAUAAUAAUCUUAGACAGGUUAUUGUUAAUUUAGGGCAAUAUGUUGAAUUGUUCCUUUGUUUAUUUAUUGUUUUUGGCUUAUAAAUAUAAUCUUCGUGAUUCUUAUUAGAUAAAUGAUUCAAUAAAA